AGCAUAGCUGAUGGCCACUGGAUCCCACGUGCGUUAUCAGUGCCAGACACAGCCCCUAUCAGUGUGUUGCUGCUGCCUGCUGCACCACUGCCCUCACAGUGCGCUGCCGGCUGCUGCUUCUCCACCAACCAUCCCGCGGCUGGGGCACUGCGUGGGUCAGGUUGGUAGGAACGCCGGGAGCUGGUGGAACCUGGAGGCGGGAGGUGGAGGGAUGUCCCAGGACAAAGCCACCCUGAUCCACACCAAGGUGGUGACAGGCAGCUGGUGCUGCGUGCUGCCCCGCGGUGAGGAUGUGUCGGAAGAGCUGAGCGAGGAGGAGAGCAGCAUCGCCCAGCGGGCGCAGCGCGUGGCACUGGAAGUGCUGGAGGAUGCGCUGCGCAAGGACCGCGUGCUGAUGAAGAACCUGAAGGACGUGGUGGUGCUGGCCAGGGAGGGAGGCGAGGGCUGGGUGGAGCGCUACGCCAUGCUGACCGCGCGGCUGCUGCAGAGCCUCAUUGUGCAGCUCCAGCAGGCCACCUUCCGCAAGAACCCAUGCAAGGCCGGCUCCUACGCCUACGUCAAGAAGGACGCGUGGGACCGCACCAUCUACCUGUGCCCGCUCUUCUGGCAGGCGCCCAGCGAGCUGCAGAAGGACUCGCAGCCCGGCACGCUGAUCCAUGAGGCCUCGCACUUCCUGGGCCUGCACGACAUCACUUAUGCCACGGCCAGCUUCAGGGCAGGUGGCGGCGGCACGGCCAUCUGCACCGAUGGGCAGAUGCCCAUCUCCGAGGCCCUGCGGAAGGCGCUGCUCAACGCCAACAGCAUCGAGUAUGAGUUCGAGAUCGUGCUGAGGCACCGGCAGCCCUAUUGGGGUGGCUGCUACGCCUGCUGUGGGGAGACGGCACGCAACUCCGUCUGCGAGAACGCGCUGCCCUGGGGCGGGCCAGCCUGCAGGCCCCAGAGCGUGGCCGCCAGCACCAUCGGGGACAUGGUGCAGCUGUCCCUGCUGCCCACCCGGGAUGCCAUGCGGAGGUGCCUGCGGGACAUGCGAAGAGUGGCAGAGGCCGUGGGCCAGUGCCAGCGGGCCGCACUGGUGGCCAACAUCACCGGUGGGGUGGUGAGCAUGGCAGGGGGAUUGGCAGCCAUGACCGGGCUGCUGAUGGCCCCUGCCAUGCUGGGCAAUGCGCUGCUGCUGGCGGCUGUGGGUUUCAGUGUGUCCACGGCUGGGAGCUUUACCAGCACCGCCGCCACUGUCAGCAGUAGUGUGGGCUGCGUGCUGAGGAAGGGUAAGGCUGAGAUGCUGCUGGAGAAGUUUGCGGCACAGGCUCGGGCGUUCACGGGCUGCCAGGAGGCUGUGGAGGGGGCACGGAGGCUGCUGAAGGCGCUGGGGCAGGAAGAGAGCCUGGAUGUCAUCCUGAGAGUGUUCCGGGUGGUGGUGGGGCUUGGGCGCAGCGUCUUCAAUGGCACCAGCGCCUUCAGAAUCAGCAGGGCGCUGGCAGGGGCCGGCCAUGCCACCAGCCUUACCGGGAUGGCCACCCAUGUCCUGCUCGGCCUCUGCCUGGCCCUGGACAUCUUCUUCAUUACCAAGGACUCAGCACACCUGCACCGUGGUGCACACUCAGAGCUGGCGGGGAGCAUCCACGUGGUCACAGCCAUGCUGGAGAGGGAGUUUGGUGCCAUUGAUGAGUUCUGUGAGAAAAUCAGGCUGAUCCUGGAGGAGCAGGAGUGAAGGCCGGCACAGGGCUGAAUCUCACAGGUGGUGCUCCUGCCCAGCUGCUGGUGGCGAUGGGAGCCCUCCAGCAGCUUUGAGUGUGCACAAAUCCCCAGUAAAGCUACUACACCUGCUGCUGUCAGCACUCAGCUCUUUGAAUUCGGCUGCGCCCUGAAUGGCACAGGGCAGGCAUGGGGCCCACCACCUUGACACCACCCCCUGCCACAUGCCCAUCACCCGCUGCCUCACCCACAGGUGUUGCUGGCCCCUGCGGCUGCUCCUUGCCUGCACGCUGCCAGGGUUCAAAGUGCUGCCCCCGGCCCUCCACGCCCUGUGCUAUUAUAGAGCCCAGCAUAUGCCCACCAGGAGCACAUAAUGCCCUUUUGGAAGGCUGCGGUGAGGCAGGAAUGCCUUCAGAAAAUCCCCUGGAGGAAAGCUGUGAGCAACAGAGAAGUGUGUUCUCCUGCUCUGUGCAUUGCUCUCUCCGCAACUGCAUGCAAAAAUACAGUACACAAAUGUGCCACUCACACACGAACGGGCAAUUGCAAAAGUCUCUGUUUGCUCAAUUGUCACAGCUCAGUGACAGCUCAGGGUUUGUUUUCGCAGCCAGCUUCACCUGAUGUCAGCUUGCUGCAUUAACAUGGGAUGUUCUCCUGUCGGCUGAUCAAACUGGGCUCUUCUCAGAAUGAAUGUAUCUGUAACGCACCUGCACUGGCCUCGCUCCCUUCUGUCCCAGAUUCAAAUUUAAGGGGAAUUAAGGAUGUGCUCAGGGAAGAUCAAAAAUAGCAAUAUUCAGGGCCUGCUGAUUGUUAGCAUCCAAACAGUUAACAGCUGUGCAUUUACACGCAUGCAUCCCUACAGCUUGAAUACAAGGAGCAGAGCAGGAACGCCUGUAUGGCCGAGAUAGGUUUCUUUGGGAAAGAAUUGCCAUACAGCCCUGAGGGCUCCAGGGGUGUGCUGAGCACUUGUUUGCUAAGAGCAAGUAGGUUUAGCUGAUUUCCUUGGGGAUUUCUUCUUUGAUGCAGGAAUUUUGUGACCAAUUGCUGAAAGCAACUGCCCCAGAAAGUGCUAUUGCUGCAGUUAAGUGUGGCCAGGGGCCUCAGGCAGCCCCGCUCCCUGCCCCACAAGCUGUUGGAGCACCUUGGGGAGCAACAAAGGGUGGAAGUAGCACAGGGAGGGCAGGCCCGAUGCUGACGUCACAGCUCCAUCAGCACCUUGCUUUGGUACCAGCAGAGCUGAGGCAGUCAGCAGGAGCAGGAAUUUACAGCACCAGGGACAUUAAGGCAGCGCCCCUGGGAGGAAAGCAAAGCCAUGGCUGUCACCUCACAGCCCAGGUACAGGGAGCUGCAGGGA